AUGGCGGCGGCGGCGACUACGCGAGUCCCAGGCUUCGUCCGGCGCGCUAGGCCGCGGCGCCCCCCAUGGCAACGGCGCCCGCCGGGAGAAGGCCGAGCGGCCCGCCGGUCCCCCGCCCUCGGCCCCGGGCGGUGGCGACUCCUGGAAGCAGAAAGGGGCCCUGCGCCGGCCGACCGCCUUCCUCCGCGCCCGAGCAGGGAGGGGAACUACCGCUCCCAGAAGGCCCCGCGGCGGAAGCCGCUACUGGCUCGUCGGCGCUCUGGUCGCGCGGGGUCCGCCGGGAAACCGAGCCUGGGCAGAAGGUUCCCCUCGCCUAGCUCCAAGAGACGCCUCUGCUCCCGUCAGCCCUUGCGCGGCUGCAGGGGCGCCUGCCAAGAGUGGGGGGGCUUUCUCGAGGACGCCCCAGCGAGGGGUCCGCGGGCCCCGGGGCGCCCCCGCCCGUUGCAGCCCUGCCCGCCCCGUCUAGCUAGCGGAGGGGAGGGGCCGCCGCUGCUGUCAGGCGCGCCCCACAGGGGAGCGGGGCUGGGGGGGCCGGGGGGCCGCCCCCCCCAGCGAGGCCGCCCUGGCUUUCCGCGCCGCCUCUCCCGGGGGCACUCCGGGCGGCGCGGGGGAGGCUGCCCGCGCCCUCGUGCAACAGUUGCCCCGCCGGGCGCGGAUCCAGUAGCGAGCCGCUUCCCGCUCCUCCCGGCCGGCGCCCGCCUCCGUCCCGGCCGCGGGGCCGCGCCGUGCGGAAAGGCGCUCGCUGGGGGAGGCGGCCGGGCCCCGCCGCCGCCCGGCCCUCCCCCCUCCCCCCCGCGCGCCCCGCCGCCAGCGCCCGCCCCUCGCCGCCGCCGUGCCCUGCGCUCUCGGCCUCGCCAGGCGCCUCCGCCCCGCCUGCUCGGCUGGAGCCAGGGGGUGGGGAAAGCGGCGGCGGCGGCGGCACCCGACCCAGCGCAGCCCAGCCCGGCGCCCGCGAACGGGAGGCGCCCCGAGUCGGAGAAGGCGCCCGCGGCGGCGUCGCCAAGCGCGGCCCGCGGCCCCUGCGCGCCUGUUGCUCGGCGGCCCGCGCGAGGCGCCGGGAUCGCUCGGCCAGGGCGGCCUCGGCGGGGGCGCUCGUGCGGCCCGUCCGCCCGCGCCAUGUCCCGCUCCAGCCGGCCGCGCGACUACAAGUGCGGCGACCUGGUCUUCGCCAAGAUGAAGGGCUACCCGCACUGGCCCGCCCGGAUUGAUGAAAUGCCAGAAUCCGCUGUGAAAUCAGCUUCCAACAAAUAUCAGGUCUUUUUCUUUGGAACUCAUGAAACGUGA